AAUUUCCAAGCGCCAAAACAUGAAGAGUCAGAGACCAACGAUGAGGGUCACAACUAUUUCUCUUGUAUUGUUGUUUGUGUUUUUAAGAAGCGUGUUCUCAAAAGAAGUAAAUUAUGUGAGCGUGGGUGUGGUUGUGGACAGCGAGACAUGGGUUGGGAAGAUGGGGCUGAGUUGCAUUGAAAUGGCGGUUUCUGAAUUCUAUGCUUCUCACGGUUAUUACUACAACACAAGGUUGGUCAUUCACACCAGAGACUCCAAGUCCGAUGUAGUUGGAGCGGCUUCUGCUGCUUUAGACCUCAUUAAAAAUGUAGAAGUCAAAGCCAUUAUAGGGCCAGUAUCAUCAACUCAGGCGAGCUUCGUGAUUAAUCUAGGUGAAAAAGCUCAAGUCCCCAUCGUAUCAUAUUCGGCAACAAGCUCUUCUCUUAGCAUUCACAGUUCAUAUUUCUUCCAAGCUACCCAAAAUCAAACAUUUCAAGUGAAUGCCAUAAGUUCGAUCGUUAAAAAAUUUGGAUGGAAACAAGUGGUGCCCAUUUAUGUAGACAAUGCAUACGGAGAAGGGCUUAUACCUUUUCUCGUCGAUGCUUUGCAAGACGCCGGUGCUCAUGUUUCAUACCGGAGUGCCAUUUCUUCGUCGGCUUCGGAUGACCAGAUUGCCAAAGAGCUUUACAAGCUGAUGACAAUGCAAACAAGGGUGUUUGUCGUUCACACGGAUGUUUCUUUGGGGUCCCGGAUUUUCAACAAGGCAAAGGAGAUUGGAAUGAUGGAAAAAGGCUAUGUUUGGAUUGUUACAAAUUUGAUGACCAAUUAUUUGAGUUCGUUGGAUUCUUCAGUUGUCGAAUCAAUGCAAGGGGUGUUAGGCAUAAAAACAUACGUUCGUGAUACAAACAGGCUUAGAGAAUUUAGAACUCGAUGGGAAAAGGAAUUUCAGCUAGAGAAUCCUAAACUCUACGAUUUUGAACUAAAUGUGUACGGAUUGUGGGCUUAUGAUGCUGUAACGGCGCUAGCCGUUGCGGUUGAAGAGGCUUGGAAAAGUGGGAAUUUUAGCUUCAAGAAGACAAGUGAUGUUUCAAGGAAGUACUCAACAGAUCUUGAAACAUUUGGGGUCUCUCAAAAUGGUCCAAAUUUGCGGAAAGCACUAUUAGGUGUGCGAUUCAAUGGCUUGGCAGGGAAUUUUAGUAUGCCUAAUGCGCAAUUACAAUCAACCAGUUUUGAGAUAAUCAACGUUAAGAGUAAUGGUGAAAAACGGAUAGGAUUUUGGACACCUCAAAGUGGGCUAGCGAAGAGUUUAUUGGAAACAAACACAAGAACAGGUAUAAUGUCAACAAACACAAGAACAGGUAUAAUGUCCUCCAUCCCUAAUUUAGGACAAAUCAUAUGGCCGGGAGAAUCUACCGCUGUUCCAAAGGGAUGGGAGAUUCCGACAAACAGGAAAAAGUUGAAAAUCGGUGUGCCGAAGAAGGAAGGUUUCGAAGAGUUUGUGCAGGUAAAACACGAUUCUGUCACUAAUGAAACCAUUGUCACAGGAUACUGCAUAGAUGUCUUUGAAGCUGCGAUGAAAGCAUUGCCUUACAAUGUUGAUUAUGAGCUCAUUCCAUUCACAAAGCCUGAUGGCGAGAGCGGUGGUACUUAUGAUGAUUUGGUUUAUCAAGUGUCUCUUGGGAAGUUCGACGCGGUAGUCGGGGAUACUACAAUUAGAGCGAACAGGUCAAAGUUUGUUGAUUUCACAUUGCCCUACACACAAUCUGGUGUCUCAAUGAUUGUGCCAGUUGGAGACAAACGAAGCAAAAGCAAUGCUUGGGUUUUUCUAAAGCCUUUAACGUGGGAUCUCUGGAUGACAAGCGCUUGUUUUUUCGUCUUCAUUGGUUUUGUCGUUUGGAUUCUUGAACACCGAAUUAACGAUGAUUUUAGGGGCCCUCCUUUCCAUCAAAUUGGCACCAGCUUCUGGUUCUCGUUUUCAACCAUGGUCUUUGCUCAUCGGGAAAAAGUUGUUAGCAACUUGGCAAGGUUUGUGGUGAUCAUAUGGAUGUUUGUGGUGCUAAUAUUGACUCAAAGUUACACAGCUAGUUUAACAUCACUCCUUACCGUCCAACAACUCCAGCCAACGGUCACCGAUGUACGGCAGCUCCUCGUGAACGGAGACAACGUCGGCUACAUCGACGGUUCCUUCGUCCGCGGAAUUCUGAAAGAUCUAGGCUUUAGUGAUUCUCAACUCAAGAUUUACAAGUCCCCUGAACAGUGUGAUGACCUAUUCUCAAAGAAAAAAUCUAACGGUGGUAUAGCCGCUGCCUUUGACGAAUUCGUCUACAUGAAGUUCCUCCUCACCAAAUACUGCUCCAAGUACACCAUGGUUGAACCAACUUUCAAAGCCGCUGGAUUUGGCUUUGUCUUUCCAAAAGGGUCGCCUCUGGUAGCUGACGUUUCGAGGGCGAUCUUAACUGUGACAGAAGAAAAGAUCAUGAAGAACAUAGAAAACAAAUGGUUCGAAAAGCAAACCAGCUGUCCAGACCCCAACACACAGGUCUCUUCCAACAGUCUCGGGCUUGAAAGCUUUUGGGGUUUGUUCCUCAUUGUUGGCACUGCUUCACUCUCCUCUCUCGUAGCUUACGCCUCGAUGUUCCUCUACAAGCAAAGGCGCGUCUUAUUGUCUUCUGAGACCGAUCAAAAUCUGCCAAUUUGGAGAAGGAUUUGUACAGUGUUGAGAAUCUUCGAUCAAAAAGAUUUAGAUUCGCAUACUUUUAGAAAGAGCAUCGAUGAAUCGCGUGAUGGAAGAGUUGUUAUUGAGAGUGUUUGUGAUUCGAAUCGCAUGGAUGAUCAACAAUCGGUCCUUGCUUUCCCUGGAGAAGAACAUGAAAUAUGUUUUACUGAACUUACUAAUCAUGAACAUAACCAUUACCAGUUAGAGGUAUCUAGUUGAUAAGUCUCUUAUGUGAACGUCUUAUUAUAAUUUGAGUAGCAUGUUAGUUUCUUUUUAUGAGAGAUGAACUUAAUUAACACGAUAAUUUAUUGGUGAUCACACACUUUGGGGGAAAUAGUCAACAAAUUAACGAGAAUUUCCAGUUGUCCUCGUUUAGCAUUUUAUUGUAUUUAGGAUUUGAGUAAUUGGAGUUGC